AUGGCAAAUACAAUGCACUCUCACCGCUCAUCCUGGCCGGAGAAGGAGUCUAAACACUUGAUGAAAGUCAUACUUCCCUCACCUGUUCAUUCCAAACAAAUCAGGAUUCCAGAUGAGUUCAUAUCAAGAUUUGGCAAUGAACUCAACACUCUUGUUACCCUGACUCUUCCAGAUGGUUGUCAAUGGGAUAUACAACUCAACAAAUGCGACAACAAUGCCGUUUUCCUUUGCAACAAAUGGGAAGAGUUCUCACAACACUAUUCUCUCCGUUAUGGUUACUAUUUAGAUUUCAACUAUCAAGGAAAUUCAAACUUCAAUGUUGUUAUAUAUGAUACAACUUGUCUUGAAAUUUCAUAUCCCAAUGAAUACAACCCAAAAAACCCUUGUUUUCGCUCUAAAUCCUUCAGCGGUCGCUAUGCGUAUAUUAGUGCUGAUUUUGCUUCAAAAUAUCUCAAGCUAAAUGUUCCUAUCAAACUCCAAAAUUCUCAAGGAAAGCAGUGGCAAGUUUCUUGUACAACGCAUAGAGUGAAUUCAUCGGCAAUGCGAAUAUCUGCUGGGUUCCGUAAAUUUGUGAAGGAAAACAAUUUAUCAGAAGGAGUUAGUUAUGUAUUUGAGCUGAUAAAAAAAGAGCCUGUUCCUGUGCUACUAGUUACACAAGUUAACAAGACUCCCCGGGGAAGGCAUGUACUGUCUGGGAAGGAAAAGCAUUUUAAGAAGGCCAUACUUCCCUCGCCCAUUCAUGAAAAACAAAUAAGAAUUCCGAAUGAAUUUGUAACAAGAUUUGGGAAAGAACUCGGAGAUGUUGCUGAAAUUACUGUGCCAGAUGGUUGUGUCUGGGAAAUGAAACUUAAGAAAAGGAACGAAAACAUUUACUUAAGCACCAAAUGGCAAGAGUUUGCGAAACACUAUUCAUUAGAAUAUGGUUGCUACCUGUCAUUCAAAUAUGAAGGGAAAUCAAAGUUUAGUGUUGUAAUAUUUGAUGCAACUUCUGUUGAGAUAUGUUAUCCAUGUGCUAGUGCUAGGAAAAUGUCUGAUGGGAAACACGCUUACCAAAGAGUUGAGGUUGAAACAAGUGAGAGUCACGGGAAACAUGCUUACCAAAGAGUUGAGGUUGCUGCCCAUGAAUUCAACCCAGAAAACCCUUUUUUUCGUACAAAAAUCAAUAAAGGCAGAUAUCCGUACGCUCCCUCUCAUUUUGCUAAAAAGUAUUUGAAGCCAGAUGUUCCUAUCAAACUCCAAAAUGCUGAUGGUAAGCAAUGGGAAGUUUCUUGUGCAUUCAAUAUUCCAAAAUUUCCUGGGGCACUGCGAAUAUUGAAGGGAUAUUUUGAAUUUCAUAGAGACAACAAUCUCUCUGAGGGAGAUCAUUGUGUGUUUGAGCUGAUCAAGCAGAUGCCGGUUGUGCUAAAAGUCACAAUGUUUCGCGCGCUUCACUUUCCCGAUUAA